AUGUCUUGGAGAAAAAGGGAGCAGACAUCGAAGAGCCAGGAAACACGGACAUAUAAUGAGAAACACCUGGCCUAUGGCGAUCGGGCUAUUGAUCCAGCUUCCGGAUUCUUUGAGAUGAUCAUCAUCAUCGCUGCUCUCAUUCUUACUACACUAGCGAACAAAUUGGCGAUAACGUUUUCAGGCACCAUCAUCCGAGGUGACGUCAAAAAGCAAAUGCGAAUAUUUUCUGCAAAAGAUACCCGGAUGAAUCCCCUAGUGCUCACCGAUUCGAAUGGCAAGAAAUGUCGAGGUGUGGUGGAGAUUCCUGUCUGUCGUGGAUACUGCCAGACGUCUGAG